AUGAAAGACCAGGCCAAGACCUGGGACAAAGCCCUCAUCGAGAUCACAUACACCAUCUCUGCCUCCAUCGCCGGUAUUGCCUAUGGACCCUUAUUGAUUAAUCCUCUGGCGCAGGCCUUUGGCCGCAGUGCCGUCAUCUUUUGGUGUCUGCUGUUCGCCAUGGCCUGUGCCAUUUGGUCGGCUUGCAUGACUGGGAAAGGCGACUAUGAGCGCUUCGUUGCGUCUCGUCUCUUUGAUGGGAUUUUUGGCUCCAUUCCAUCCAUUGUGGGAGUUGGCGGCGUAUACGACAUGUUCUUCUUGCACGAGCGCGGCAAAGCAUACGCCAUCUUUCAUGUCUCCUUCUUGUUCGGUACUGUGGCUGGCCCAACCUUUGGAGGGUUCAUUGUCGACCAUACACGCUGGCCGUGGGUGUUCUGGUGGAUUGUCAUUGCGCAGGGAUUGGUUCUCAUUCUUGCCUUUCUUUUCCUGGAGGAUACCAGUUAUCCUCGUGACGGGCACACCCCCGUAGCGAAGCCCAGGACCUUCUGGGCAAAUCGCAUGGCGACCCUGCUGCCCCAUAAGACUGGCAUCAGCCGUGCGGAAUUGGGUCGUAUCGCUUGUUUGCCGUUGCGCAUUGGUCUUUCGCCCGUGGGUCUUCUGAUUGGUGUUUUCCAAUUGGCAUCCUUUGGCUGGUUCGUCGCAACCCACAGUCUUUUGACCGUCUGGCUGGAAAAGCCCGUCACCAUUGGAGGAUGGGGAUUCACUCCUCAAAGAAAUGCUCUCUUCAUCUUCGCCCUCUGGGUUGGUCUCCUCACAGCCGAACUCUGGGGCUACCUCUGCAACGAUCGCAUCGCGCUGUGGGUGUGUCGCGCCUGGGGAAAGGGGGUAUGGAAGCCGGAAUGCCGGCUGCACGCCCUCUGGAUCCCCUCUCUGAUCAUCCUCCCCAUUGGUCUGGGUAUCGUUGGCUCCGCUCUGCAGUACCAUCUGCACUACAUGGUGCUCGCGCUGGGUGCCUACCUGAUUACGUUUGCCUCGAUGAGCUCCGUCCCGGUUGCCGUGACGUACAUGAUUGAGUGUGUUGCCUCGCAACCCACCGAGGUGGGGGUGUUCAUGGGCGCGUAUCGUCUCACGCUGGGUCUCGCCAUCCCCUUCUUCAUUGACCAAUGGGUUGCGCGCGUGGGGUUUGGGUGGGUGUAUGGCAUGAUGGCGUUUUUCUCCAUCUUCGCAUUUGGAUUUGUGAUCGCGUUGAUGCUAUUUGGGGACAGACUGCGACAGCGCACUCUGGGGCGGUUGGCUGCAAGUGAGAUUGGUGCCAAGAUGAUCUAUGCAAGUGAGGAGGACUGCUGA